AUGUUGCUGGGGCACGUGGCCAGCAGCGCUUCCACCAUGCUGUCGCUGACAACCGCUGGGUUAGCAGGCCAAGGUGCCCUUGGCGGGCCUUCGCCGCGCCCGGGCUCCGCCCGCUCGGCGCGCUCGGUGAAGUCCACUGCUAUGGAUGACCCCAACGCCCUUUGGAGGCUGACAAGGCGACUGCAGUAUCGUGCCCGGCCCUCCCGCGCCCUGGAGGACCUGAGGAGAGUCCGAGUGCUGCUGGAUGUGGAUGACGGGCCUUUGCCAUUCGGAGUUCAGUCUCUGGAGAGCACUUCGCCGGAGGAGUUUGAGGAAGCGUCGGCAGCCGCCAAAGAGCGGCGCCUGCUGCUCGCGGGUUUGGUCCUGGCGGCGGCAGACCUCGCCUUCCUCGCACUGCCGCAACGCCUGCACCAGGCAUGGGCGGAGCUGGCGGCCGACGAGCGGGAGUUGGGCAUGGCGGCCCGUCAGUGGCUGCGUGGCCUGGCCGAGACGUUGGCGAUUCCAUUGUACGACACCUUGCGCACAUUGGAGGAGUUGACUCAUGGCCGUGGGCCAUCCAACCGACAGCCGCUGGCUGUGCCUUUGCACCAUCUUCGAGACAAUGCGCGCCACUGGACAAAACACAUGCUGGCACCGCAGUCCAAACGACGCUCUCUCAGGUCGUCAGUGGCUGAAAGCCAAACCAGCCUUAGGGACUUCCUGGUCAAAAGCUCGGGAGACUUGGAGCGGGACGUGCUGCGGGCGGAGUCUACGACUUUGCCCAAGGGCGCACAGGUGCCGCCGCCUCCGAUGCCGGACCUCCCGGGGCAGAUCAACGAGGUGGCGACUUGGGAUAGCGACACCUCCAGAGGUUGGGACUCGUCCUCCAACGCUGAUCUUUGGGCGUGA